CAGUUUUGUGUAUCAAACAAAAUUGUCUCUGAAAAUGAUCCCUUAUCUUCAUUUGUUCAGUCUAUUUUUUGUACUUUCCCUAUAUACUUGUGCUAGUGCAAUCCAUGUGUACUUUCCUAAUAAACCCAUCUUCUGUCUUCCGAGGAAGAACGAGAAAUAGGGUCAGAUUCACUUCCAUGAAUCUAAGCAUCCAUAGAUGAAUUCCAAAUUUCAUAUAGGGAAUAAGACCCAAUUCAUUUCUCAUAUUUGUGGAAUGGAUUUUCUCUUUGGUUCUUCGUUUAUUGCAAUCUAUUAUUUCAUUUCUGCUUCUUUCAUUAGUAAAUCAAUGGCAUCAGAUGGAUAUGUCUCUGUAAUUGGAGACCCUGGGAUGAAGAACGCAAAUGUUAGAGUUGGGUUGGAGGCUUGGAAUUUCUGCAAUGAAGUUGGACAGGAAGCGCCUGACAUGGGGAGCCCUAGGUUGGCGGAUUGUGCAGACUUAUACUGUCCAUUGAUCAAAGAUUCUUUGGGUAAUCACAUUCAUGCUAAAGGAAGCAAAUGUGAAGCACAUCAUAAGGUGAAGGAAUCAGACAAUAGAUUAGGAGCUGGUGAUAAGUUUCCCAUUGCUGAAUUCAUAACAUACAACAACCCUGACCUGUAUGCUGUGGUAAAGGAGCAAUACCUUGCUUACCUUUGUGAGGUACAGGAUUCAGGAGACCCUUGGCACUUUUGGAUGAUUAUGCUCAAGAAUGGGAACUUUGAUACCAAGACUGCACUAUGUCCUGAAAAUGGCAAGAAAGUAAGUCCAAUUAUCACAGACAGAAAGUUUCCCUGUUUUGGCGAGGGGUGUAUGAAUCAGCCACUUGUGUACCACAAUCAGUCAAAGGCUGUUUCUUCUGGUAAUCAAAUGGAAUUUUUGACUGGAGGCUUUUAUGGGACAUAUGAUCUUGAUGCCAAUUUGAGCAAGGGUGUGGGGAAAAAUUCAUACUUCUCAGUGUCAUGGGAUAAGAAUUUGAGCUCAGGAAGUUGGAUUUUCAAACACAGAUUAACAACAUCUUCCAAAUAUCCAUGGCUUAUGUUGUAUCUUCGUGCUGAUGCAACGAAAGGAUUCAAUGGUGGUUAUCACUACAAUGGUCGUGGGAUCAUUAAAAAGCUGCCAGAGUCUCUAAACUUUAAGGUUAGAUUAACACUCGAUGUUAAACAAGGAGGGGGAUCCAAUAGCCAAUUUUAUCUCCUUGACAUAGGAAGUUGCUGGAAGAACAAUGGUGAUCCAUGUGAUGGUGAUGUUCUGACUGAUGUAACUAGAUACAGUGAGAUGAUAAUAAACCCAGAAACAACAAGCUGGUGCCGCCCUAACAGCCUUGCAUCCUGUCCACCAUACCACAUUAGCCAAAGUGGAGAGAAGAUUUACAGAAAUGAUACAUCCCGGUUCCCAUAUUCCGCUUAUCAUCUCUAUUGCAGCCCUGGAAAUGCAAAGUAUUUGGAGAAGCCAUUUGAUAUUUGUGACCCAUAUAGCAAUCCCCAGGCACAGGAGCUGGUGCAAAUUCUUCCACACCCUGAAUGGGCUGUGCAUGGUUAUCCUGCAAAGAAGGGAGAUGGAUGGAUUGGGGAUUCUAGGACUUGGGAGCUUGAUGUCGGGCUUCUCUCCAGUCGGUUAUACUUCUACCAGGAUCCAGGAACAAAACCAGCAAGGCGUUUCUGGUAUUCAAUUAAUGUUGGUACAGAAAUAUAUGUUAGCCACACAGAACAGACAGCAGAAUGGACUGUAAGUGAUUUUGAUAUAUUGGUUCCAGAAGAUGCUGGUGGUGCUUAGUAACCAGAAAAUUGGUUCUUUACAUGAAGUAUACGUUGUUUCAAUCCUGUUACCUUAUAAUAUGAAUCUGCCCAAGUAUGCCUGCGUCUUUGGUUAAAAGUAGAGAAUUUAUAGCUGAGAAAUAUUAUCAGCUUUUUCCACCAUUUAAGUAAAUUAUCUAAGGCAAGGUUGAAUUAUACAGGCCUGCUUUUUUUUCUCUGUCUUUGAGAAUAGAGGAUCCCAUGUUUAAUGAUGUAUCCUACCUAUGGACAAAGCUAAGUUUCUUUCUUUUUCUUUUUGUUAAAUUAUUAUUGUUUAUAGUACCCAAAAGAACAAAGAAAAAAAAUUGGUAUCAUGUGCAAUUUCCAAAACUGUAACUGAACUGGGAUGGAUGUCCAGUUAAACACUCCAAUCUGUCUCCAGGAUGACCUUGUCAUACUCGUAUUUAGUUUACAU